CUCAUAAUUUUUGUUUCAAAAACUAAUUUAGGAUUGAAUUUUAAUAUGACAAGAUUCAUGAGAUUAACAUUUUGCCUACUUGUAGUAUGUCUCGUAACGCAGCUGUACAUCGCUGUGGCGACAUUUGGUCCGGCCCCAAAAGUUACAACUGCCCAUCUUAUUAGAUUGGGAUGCGCCAAAACUCCUGCACCACCACUUUGUGCCGCCACUUUAAAGAUGAUAGCAAGCAAUCCGUUUAUGAAUCCUUGUGAUGUUACUACCUUUGCUGUUCAAGCAGCUAUGAAAACAGCUAAGGCCACAUUUGAUAUAAUCAACAUGUCAUUAAAUAUGAAGUCUCAAAUUAUUGCGGAUCCAGCUAUAAAACAGAGUCUCACAACUUGUGCAAAUGAAUAUAAGACAGCUAUCGAAGUUAUGACAAAAGCAACUACAUGUUUGCAACAAAAAGUUAAUACACCUCAAGUUCCCGAUUUCCUUAACCAGGCGGUCGGUUGCGUAGCAAAAUGUGAUGGCAGUGGCAUCAAAGUCACCAACAAGGUUUUACAAGUAGCUGCAAAAAAUAUUGAUUGUUCCAAAUUGAUCCAAAAUGCCUUGGGCAUCUAUCAUUGUUUUUCUACUUUUAUCAUAAACCCUAGUCUUGACUAUUCAAAAGAAUUGGCCGGUAAUGUGAGUGCAAGUAUAAGCGGUGGUGGUUCAUUUUCCGGUGGUAUAGGUGGAGCACUUGGUGGUGGUGCCCAUGGAGGCGGGAGUGCAAGCGGCGGUGCGGACGCAUCAGCUAAUGGAGGAGGUAGUUUAGACGGUAGUGCAGAUGCAUCAGCUAGCGGAGGUGGAAGUUUAGGCGGGGGUGCUGGUGCAUCAUCUAGUGGAGGAGGCAGUGCUAGUGGUGGUUUAAGUGGUGCUGGAUCUAUUCAAGGAGCUGGCGGCGCAAGUGGUGGUGCAUCCGCUAGCGGAGGCGGCGGCGCAAGUGGUGGUGCAUCCGCUAGCGGAGGCGGCGGCGCAAGUGGUGGUGGAUCCUCUAGCGGAGGUGGUGGUGCAAGUGGUGGCGGAAGUGGUAGUGCAAGUGGUAGUAUAAAAGGUGGUGCAUCUGCCAGUGGAGGCGGUAGUGCAAGCGGUGGGGUAAAAGGUGAUGCAUCAAUCAGCGGAGGCGGUAGUGCAAAAGGUGGCGCAUCAGCUAGUGGGGGUGGUAGUGCAAAAGGUGACGCAUCAGCAAGUGGGGGAGGUAGCGCAAGCGGUGAUGCAAAAGGUGACGCAUCAGUCGGUGGAGGAGGUAGCGCAAGCGGUGAUGCAAAAGGUGACGCAUCAGGCGGUGGAGGUGGUGGUGCCAAAGGUAGUGCAUCAAUUGGUGGGGGAGGUGGUGCAAAAGGUAGUGCAUCGGCCGGUGGGGGCGGUGGAGCAAGUGGUGGCGCAAGCGGGGGAGCAAGUGGUAGCGCAAGUGGUGGCGCAAGUGGGGGAGCAAGUGGUGGCGCAAGCGGUGGGGCAAGCGGUGGGGCAAGCGGUGGGGCAAGCGGUGGGGCAAGCGGAAGCGUGAGUGGAAGCGGCGGGGCAAGUGGAGGUGCAGGCGGAAGCGGCGGCGCAAGCGGAGGUGCAGGCGGAAGCGGCGGCGCAAGCGGAGGUGCAGGCGGAAGCGGCGGCGCAAGCGGAGGUGCAGGCGGAAGCGGCAGCGCAAGCGGAGGUGCAGGCGGAAGCGUCGCGGCAAGCGGUGGUGCAAGUGGUGGGGCAAGCGGUGGUGCAAGUGGUGGGGCAAGCGGUGGUGCAAGUGGUGGCGGUAGCGGAGGUGCAAGUGGUGGUGCAAGCGGAGGUGCAAGCGGUGGGGCAAGCGGUGGGGCAAGCGGUGGGGCAAGCGGUGGGGCAAGCGGUGGUGCAAGCGGUGGCGGUAGUGGGGGUGCAAGCGGUGGUGCAAGUGGUGGUGGAAGCGGUGGUGCAAGUGGUAGCUGGGGUGCAAGCGGUGGUGCAAGUGGUAACUGGGGUGCAAAAGGUGGUGCAAGUGGUAGCGCAAGUGGUGGCGGUAACGGGGGUGCAAGCGGUGAUGCAUCUGCUAAAGGAGGUGGUGGCGGAAAUUUAUUUGGUUCUGGUUCUCUAAGAGGUUCUUUUGGUGGUAACUUUGGUGGCCAAUUUUCGGGAUCCGGAUCCGGAUCCGGAUCUGUGCAUGCCGCAUCAAAUCCUUAG